AUGUGGAAUGAAGCAUAUGUCACUCAAGCUUCUACCGUUACUUUUGUUGCUGCUUCUGUUGCUGCUGCUGCUUUUGUUGCUGUUGCUACUUCUGCUGCUGCUUCAGUUGCUGCUUCUGCUUCUGCCUCUUUUUCUGAUAAUGCCUCUAUCUCUGUCUCCGCUGCUAACUAG